AUGCCUAGGAAGGAGCUGGGGCUGGGGAUGGCUGGCUGCAACUCUGGCAGCUGCGACAGCAUGGUCAGCACGGCCUCCAACCACUCGCAGCAUAGCGAUAACAGUUAUGACUACUUAUCUGUGGAAGAGAAAGAGUGUUUGAUGUUCUUAGAAGAAACCAUUGGCUCACUGGAUGCAGACAGCAGGGUCCCUACCGAUGAGACUGACUACGUGGAGCCCUCCAAGCUGCCCGGGACGUGCCCAAAGAGAGACUCCGUUCCCUGGGAUUUGGAAAAUGGGGCUCCCCCUCUGAGUGUAGGCCAGCAGCGUGCAGCUGAACAGAAGAAUGGUAAGAGCAUCUCCACCUUCUCAAGCUCGGCUUCAGCACCAGUUCCAAGCCCAGGCUAUUACAGCCUUCCAAGGAGCAUCACUGUAGGAAACGCACAAAGAGCAAAUGGAGCUUCUGACAGCAAAGCCACUGUCCGCACGGUGGAGGACCCAGUGCCAGUAGGUAAAUCUUCACAGGAGGUGGCCGAGGAGGACAGGCUUGACCAAGCCAACACGAGAAGCCACAUAAAGCCCCUAGGGUCUUUGAUUAUCCAACCUCCAGAUCCCUUCCAGGAUGACCUGGUGAGCCAUGAGUGGUCACGUAGCAAUUGCUUAGAUGCCAAGAAGGAAACAGCCAAGGAGACCAAGGCUUGGACUUCAUGGGGCCAGCCAGAGAAAUCCACAUUGGAAGAGGCCCCUCAGGACCCAGAUGCCAAGCGCGGGCCUCCAACUGCCCCCAAACCGCGAAAAUUGCCACCAAAUAUUAUCCUGAAAACCAGCAAAACCAGCCCAGUGCCGCCCACCACGGAACCUGGCCAGAAGGUAAAAGCACCGCUUCUGUCCUCAGCCGGCUCUCAGCCCGGCUCUGCCAGUGACACCGCUGCCGAAAAGGCAAAUUUGGGGCACCUCGACCCCAAGGAGAGGGAGAAAGCCCGGCGGGAGGCAUUGGAAAAGCUUGGACUGCCGCAGGACAGGAGGGAGCCCAGCACCCACUUUCAACCUACCAUGCAUCCCCAACCAAGGGAGAUGGCAUUCCCCGUCCCUGGAGAGCCUGAGGCACGCUGCCGGGCAGCAGAGAAGUCGGUGCCAGGUAUCUGGCAGAUGAACUUCAAAUCCAACACCCUGGAGCGCUCCGGCGUGGGGCUGAGCAGCUACAUGGCCAGCGCCAAGGAGCAGAGCAUCAAGACCAGCAGCUCCCUGGGCAAGAUGUCCUUCAUCGAGCGGCUCGCCCCGAGCUUCCUCAGGAGCAGCCGCCCCCGGCCGGCAUCCCUUGGAGCAGGGAAGGACUUUGCUGGUCUGAAGGAGCCCGGGCAGGUGGAGCAGGAGAAGAGCAGCAAGCGGCGAUCCCACCCGCUGCAGAGCUUCCCCAAGCCACCCCGCUCCUGCGUCAGCGUGAAGAUUUCCCCCAAGGGUGCGACUGAUGAGAACCGGCGAGAGGCACUGAAGAAGCUCGGUCUGCUGAAGGAAUAG